AUGGACCACCAAGCUGACUUCUUAUCAUCCAAGGCAGAACGAACUCGACCUUUCUGUUCUCUCUUCUCUCUUAUCUCGUCGUCAAGGUUCUGCAAGCUUAAUUUCCUACUUAUAAAUUUCGACUUCCUGAUUCUCCAAAUCCAUGCAGCAAGUCUCAGUGCUCUCGCCAUCUGCCUUCUCCUCCUGGGUUCUUCUUGUUUCGUCGCCACAGCUCGUCCUCUCAAUGAUGCAGAACGUGGCAGCUCUAUAAAUGAAGCUAUUGAGAGUAUCUUUGAAGGCUUUUACAUUGGAGCCAUAAAAACCGGCGGUCCGACUCCCAGAGGAAAGGGUCAUGGCCUCAUCCCCGGUCAAGCUCUUGGUGGUAUCAAAAGCUCCGGUGGUCCGAGCCCAAGAGGUGAGGGACAUGCCUUCGCUAAUAAUGCACAAGCCCUAGGGGGUAUCAAAAACUCCGGUCCAAGCCCCGGAGGAGAUGGACAUGAGUUUGCCAAUGCUCGGAUUUUUGGAGGAAUAAAAGAUUCUGGUCCAAGUUCUGGAGGAGACGGACACAGAUUCGCCAAUGCCCAAACUCUGGGGGUAUCAAAAACUCUGGUCCAAGCCCCAGAGGAGAUGGACAUGAAUUUGCCAAUGCUCAGAUUUUUGGAGGAAUAA